AUGAAAUGCAAAAAUAUACUUCUAGAAUAUGAGCAACUGCAAAAUUUAAAAGAUAUAAUAUAUUCAUUAUCGGAAGAUGAUUCUUCCAUAAUCUUUACAAGGUAUGAAGAGUUUGUGAAGAGUAUGUCACUUAUCACUUUAGAUAGUCCUAUCGAUCAAGCAUCAGUGGCAGGAAACAUUUUUGCAGAACUUUUAUCCAAAAAUAUUCUUUCUAUAACGACCAUCACUCAAGGAAUUGAUGAUGUUCUUAAAUAUUGGAAUGAUUGUUUGAUGAAUUUCCCUCAAUUUUUCACCUAUAUUGCUGCCAUUAUUGCUCCAUUAUUAUUAUCACAGAAUGGUACCUUCGAUUUCAACAGCUUAAAAGAUUCUUGUACAUCUAUACGACCAGGCAAUUCUAGUAAAUUGUUCAUCGAAGUACUAUAUAAAAUUAAUAGUUCCAAGGAAGCGCUUAACAUUAAAGAAAAACUAGGUGGUAUAUUGUGGAUUUACAACAAGUGGAAUGCGUUGGAAAAUUUUCCUCUUGAAUUUUUUGUGCCCAAUAACCAAAUAAAUAAUUAUUUCAAAAAAGAUCAAAUUGGAGUAUUCCUCUUAUCUAUUGCUAUUUAUGAUAAAAUGAGGUUCAUUGAUAAUAAACUACUGUACGAUAUAUUGCAAAGCUGGAUAUGUGCUAAUAUCGAUGCAGAAAUCAUUAAAACCCCUCUGUUUGUGCAAGCAUUAACUAUUGCUAUUGUCAUUGUAUGUUUGAAAUUGAAUCUUUCUUAUGAGGGUUUCUUUGAUUCUAUUCAUUUGAAAUUAUUAACCUGUUAUAUUCAAUUUGAAUCACUCCCAGAAUAUGAAAUCAAGGAACGAGAAGUAAAAUGCAUGUUGGGCAUUCAAAUAAUGUCUGCUACACUUAAGCAUCCCAGAGACUGUUCAAUAAGCUCUAUGAACAUAGAGUUAUAAGGAAAGAAUCAUUUGAACUAUUCAUAAAAGAAUAUGAAAAAAUAGUUGACAAAUAGACUGUAUUGUCAUCA